AUGCUUGCCAUUUCCAACUAUGCCAUCCAAAAGCUCAGAGUUGACCACAUUGUUGUCAUGGGCCACAUGGACUGCGACAGUAUCCAUGCAUGGCUCAAAGCUAAUGAGGCGGGCCCUACUGCAGCUCCUUCGAUGCCGCUCAAGCACUGGCUCGCACUGCUCACCAUACUCGCCACCGCCCUCCCCCCACUACAUCCCAUUGCCGCCGGCAGUACCGCUGGAUUCUAUCCCUUAUGCUGGAGGUGCAAGUUGCAAGCGUCGCAUACACACAUCACUCCGCUCAUCUUCGUCAAUAGCAUCCCCCAUCCUCUACCUGUGCAGCUCGCCCUCAUCCUCUCCAUUGUCCUCCAGGAAAACAAGGACUUCAAGCACAAGCUCCAUGUCUCAAAGCACCACGUAGACUGCCUUGACUACUCCCUCAAUAGCAUAUCCGCCACCCUCGACCUCAAGGCAAAGCUUGACCCAGAGUCCGCAGCCCACCUCGAUGCCAAGACCCACCUCCACAGCCUCACGGAUGCUUGGGUAAACCUCGAUUGCUUCCUCUAG